CUGUAUAAAAAAAUUCGAGCGCUAGCUAUUUGUAGGUGUCGUCCGGGCUACGCAGAUAUAUCGAGCUCAUUCGAACGGCUGCCUGGCCGACACUGUAUUGAAGCGGUGAACGAAUGUCUGGAUUCGGCGCUGAAUGAUUGCUCCGAGAACGCCAUUUGUGAAGAUGCCAAGGAAGGCUACAUUUGCACAUGCCGACAAGGUUUCGUGGAUGCAUCCCCAAACAUCACUCAUUAUCCUGGACGUGUAUGCCGUAAGCCAAAGCAAGAGAAGCAGAGCGAUACCAUCGUUGGUGCUCAGAGCAAUCUGGAUAGCUGCGAUCCGAAGAAGCCAAAAUGUGGCAGCAAUGAAGUGUGCAGCGAUCGUAAAGCCCGUGGUCAAUUCAUCUGUGAAUGUGCUGAAAAUGCUUUCCGCUUCAAAGAUGGAACAUGCCGAUUCUAUGCCGCAUGUGUUGGGGAAAACGACUGUGACAAGAAUGCCGUUUGCGCAAAUGCAUUUGACACAUACAAAUGUCAGUGUCGUCCUGGAUACAUUGAUAUAUCGCCGGAUCCGGAACGAAAACCAGGAAGAGUGUGUAAAGAAUGUUGGUUUCUCCCUAAAAAUUUUACAAAUUUUUUAAAAUUAAUAAGGUCUCAAACUUCCGUUUUUGAGGCUUUUUUUAAUUUCAAGAAAAACCCCUCAAAAAUUUUUCGAAAUUUUACAGAUCUUUUUAAAGUAAAUCAAUUGGCAGGUUUUAAAUCUUCAAGUACCGGAUUUUAAUG